GAAAUGGCCUACUCAGGAAUCUACAAAAUGGACGAAGGGAAGCCUUCCAUGAGCAACAGCUUUCCAGCAAAAAAUUUGGUGCGACCCCUGGAGAAAGGCCGAGGACACUGGGUGGUAGCUCGGAAAGGCAACAUCAAAAAGAAGCCUAAGGGUGUACUCGAAGUACCAGUGGAAGAACAGGCGAGCCAAGUUUCUUUGGAGGUUUUGGAAAAGAAAGUGUCUCCAUGGAAAAACCAAGGGGAGCAUUCUAAAUAUCAGAUUCUGGAUCGAAAUUUGCUGCUGAAGCACCACUGUGUCUUGAAGCCUUCAGAUUUGUGCAACGUCAAUGUGAGUGGACUGAAGCUUUCCAAGGCUAAGGAAAAGGAUUUCAAGCAUUUUCAUUCUGUGAUUUAUAUCAAUGCCUCUGAAAACCUACUGCCUCUAGAGGCAUUCCACACCUUUCCGAGUUUAAAAGAAUUGGAGCUUGCAUUCAAUGGCAUCAAAACAAUCUACGUGAAAUAUGGAGACUUUAGGUUCUUGGAAUUUCUGGACCUUUCCUUCAACAGCCUGACAGGGCAGGCCAUCAGUGAUCUGGGGAUUCUGCCGCAUCUCCGCGUUCUGCUCCUCACAGGAAAUGGUCUCACCUCCCUGCCUGCCAAUUUGGCUGUCACAGAACAGGAGGUUUCUGUAACUUCGACAGCAAGGAAGAGGUACAUUCUGAGAUUCCCAGCGCUGGAGACACUAAUGUUGGAUGACAACAAACUCUCCAGCCCCAAUUGCUUUGCCAGCCUGGCUGGGCUCAGGAGACUGAAGAAGUUAAGCCUGGAGCAAAACAGGAUUUCCCGGAUCCCGUACCUACAGCAGGUUCAGAUCCAAAGUGAGACAGAAGACUGGGUUGAAGAUAGGGGGAGUGCCCACAGAGAAUCCCAAUCCAUACUGCAUUCCAAGCCGUGGAUGGAUAAGGCUGAAGAUGAGCAACCAGAUUAUACUGUACUGCCCAUGAAAAAAGAUGUUGACCGGACAGAGGUUGUGUUCACAUCUUACCCCGGAUUUUCAACCUCAGAGACAGGCAAGGUAUGUUCACUUCCUCCCAUAUUCGAGAUUCUUCCCGUGAAAUCACUGAGAGCCAGGAACCAAACGCUGGCCCCGCCCUUCCCGGAGCUGAGGUGUCUGAGCCUGGCCUACAACAAGAUCAGCAAGGAAGAUGCCAUCCUACCCGUGGCUCUCUUCCCAUCUCUCUGUGAGCUCAUCUUUCAUAACAACCCUCUGGUGGCCCAUACACGAGGGCUCCCUCCAUUGCUCAAAAGCUUCCUACGGGAACGGCUGGGGAUCCACCUAGUUCGAAAGAAGGUAGUAAAGUCCAAGCAUCACCUGAUGAUACCACAGAAAAAAUCACGAAAGGUGAAAACUCAAGUCCCGAAGGUGCCAAAGCAGCAGAUGCUUCUCCAAAGCCAGCCCUCAAGCAAGUCUCCCUCCAAGGAUCUGCUGAGGUCAUCAGUGUCGGGUCAGCCUGAGGAGCUAUGUCUGACCAGAAGUGUCUCCCCAAAACCAGAGAUGCCCGUGGAAGGUGUCCGUUUGCCCCACCAGACCUUUGUGCCUCUGCCUCCCAUCUGCUCCGACUCCACCUUGCAAAGCGAAGAGACCACACCCCACCAAAACAGCACCAGCCACCUCAGUCCAGAGUACAUUUCAGAGGAGGACACCAAGAGCACUGAGUCCUUCUUCCUGACCCAGGUGAGCGGGCUGCCUUCCUCUGUUCUCCAGCGAGUGACCUCAGAGAGCAUCUCACCCAAAUCCUCCAAAGAGGUAAAGAAGACACAGAAGAAUGUCUCAUCUGUCUCCCUCCCCAGCAAGUACCGGGGCUACGAGGAGCUGCUGACAGUCAAGUCGGAUCCCUCCUUCUCAGCGCCCAGAGGGAUCCAGAGGAGCAAGCAGGCCCUACAGCACAUGCUGAAGCACCCAGUCGUGUACCGUUCCAACAAGCCCAGGCUGGACCCCCUUCAGAAGCAGUUUGUCCCCAAGGAGAGACGGGCCCAGAGGGUCCCCGUGCCACCCCCACGGAAGACUCGAGCUCAGCUGCUGGAUGACCUCCUCAUUCGAAUGCGAGACCCCCGGAACAUAACAGAGGCUCCAUUAGGAGCGGUUCUGCGACGGCGCACGGAACAGCGGCAGAUGAACCAGAAGCAGUUCCAGGAGGCCAAGCGGCUGCUGAAGGAGUUCCGAGCGCGCUACCAGCGCCUGGUGCAUGCCUCCCUGCGCAGUGUGUUCCAGAACCGCGAGCCGCCUCAGGCCCGGCAUUUGCUAAACGAAGGCCGCAAGUUCGGCCACUUCCUCCAGGUCAUGGAUGACUUUUACCCGGAGGCCCCGGCCGCCCACUCUAAAGGCUAAGUGCUAUGUACCGG